AUGUUUAGAACGGUAUUAUCAAGAUCAAUUAAAGCUAGUCAAAGAUCUUUUUCUCUGGUAGCACCAAUGCAGAAACUCACCCAGCUUCGAGCUUUACAACCAGUUUGUCUCGGUCUUAAAGCACCAUCUGCAACCACCCUCAACUUCACUCGUUCAUACGCAGGAUUUCCAGCUUUGCAAAGAGAUGAUGCCAAGGAAAGAAUCAUUGAGUUGUUGGAAGGUUUUGACAAAGUUGAACCUGAAAAGGCCAAAACCAUUACCGAGUCAUCCAGUUUUGUUCAAGAUUUAGGCUUGGAUUCUUUGGAUGUUGUUGAAGUUGUUAUGGAAUUGGAGCACGAAUUCAACAUUCAAAUUCCAGAUAAUGAAGCCGACUCGAUAAAGACAGUGGGACAAGCCAUCGAUUACAUCAUGGCACAACCCGAUUCAUGUUAA